CAUGUGAUCAAACCUCAAUGCAAGACACCCACUUAGCAGUAUCAAUUCUGGCCUCAACUACCGAUGGAUUGGCCGGCUUUCCCAUGCUUCUCUAGGAUAGCAGUGUUGAUACUUCUGAUCUUCCUGCCGUUGAGAGCGUCCGAAGACCGGCUUGUACCCGGCAAAACACUCUCCCCUGGCGCCACCAUCGUCUCCUAUGGAGGUGCCUUUGUAUUAGGCUUCUUCUCCCUGUCCAACUCCAGCACCCCGGCCCGGAUGUACGUCGGCAUCUGGUACAACAACAUCCCUGAGCUUACCGUGGUGUGGGUUGGCAACCGAGGAAACCCGGCCAGCAACACGACUUCACCGAUGCUCUCCCUCACCAACUCCUCCAAUCUUGUUCUAUCAGAUGGUGACGGUGGCCGUGUCAUUUGGACAACGACCAACAUGGGUACUGCCGCGGGCUCGUCUCCCUCCGUGGCAGUGCUUCUAAACACCGGCAACCUCGUCGUCCGCUCGCUAAACGGCACCACGUUGUGGCAGAGCUUCGAGCACCACACCGACACGCUCCUUCCUGGCAUGAAGCUCCGGUUCAAGUACAUGCAAAAUGGAACAAGCAACCGCCUGGUAUCCUGGAAGGGUCCUAGUGACCCUUCGCCGGGGCGCUUCUCCUAUGGUGGCGACACGAGCACAUUCCCUCAAAUAUUCUUAUGGGACGAGGAGCGUCCGGUGUCUCGUAGCGCUCCAUGGACGGGGUACCUGGUGAAGAGCGAGCUUCGAUACCAGCAGGCAAAUAGCACUGCAGAUGUUAUCAUCUACUUGGCGGUCGUCGAUGGCGACGAUGAGAUCUAUACUACCUACAGCGUCUCUGAUGGUGCCCCACACACUAGGUACGUGUUGACCUACUUUGGAUCCAAACGCACCCUUAGUUGUCUGCAUGGUCAUUCAUGGGACGGGCUGGACAAGGUCAGGGUCAUGCGGCCCAAGCCAAGGCUGUCGUCUAUAUGCAAGAAAGAAAAUGGGAGAAAACACAAGAAUGUAUUGUUGCAUCCAAUGAGUACCUCAUAUGAACUUGGUGAAGUACACCCUGAACACAAUCAUGAAUUCCCAUUUGUAACAUUUGAGGAAAUUGCACUAGCAACACACAAUUUCUCUGAAACAUGUGUGAUAGGACAAGGAGGCUUUGGCAAAGUUUUCAAGGGAUUGUUAGGUGGUCAAGAAGUUGCCGUCAAGAGGCUGAGUAGGGAUUCUAAACAGGGCACAAAGGAGUUCAAGAAUGAAGUAAUUCUAAUUGCCAAAUUGCAGCAUAGAAACUUGGUUCAACUGCUCGGGUGUUGUGCGGAGGGAGAUGAAAAACUUCUAAUUUAUGAGUAUCUACCUAACAAGAGCUUAGAUGCCACCCUUUUCGAUGAUUCCAGAAAAAUGUUGCUCGAUUGGGAUACGCGGUUUAGUAUAAUCAAAGGAGUUGCAAGGGGACUUCUUUACCUACACCAAGAUUCAAGAUUAACCAUAAUUCACCGGACGAAGAUUCAAGAUUCAAGAUUAACCAUAAUUCCAAGACAACCCAGAUGAUAGGCCCCUCAUGUCAUCAGUUGUCUUCGUCUUAGAGAACGGAAGCACCACACUUCCAGCCCCGGAUCGCCCUGCAUACUUUGUGCGACGGAGCGUUGAAGCGGUGCCAAUCGGAGAUGAUAUUCAGACUUCCGUGAACAGUGUUACU